AUGACGCUCGCCGUCUCCCAUACCACAGGCGGGGAGCUGCGGCGGCGCGGCGGAGGAGGAGGAGGGGUGCUGCGACGACGCGGCGGCGCUGCGGCUGAAGUUGGCUGUGAUCCUGGUGGUGGGGAUGGUGGGCGUGCGAUCCCGCUGGCGGCGGAGGAGGAGGAGGGGUGCCGCGACGACGCGGCAGCGCUGCGGCUGAAGCUGGCGGCAAUGGCGGCGAUCCUGGUGUCGGGGAUGGUGGGUGUGGCGAUCCCUCUGGUGGCAGGGCGGAAGCGGCGACGCCUCCUGAGCACGGAGAGCGGCUUCUUCGCCCUCGCCAAGGCCUUCGCCACGGGCGUCAUCCUCGCCACGGGCUUCGUCCACAUGCUCCACGACGCCGAGGCCGCGCUCACAGACCCCUGCCUCCCCCGCUUCCCCUGGCGUCGCUUCCCCUUCUCCGACUUCGUCGCCAUGGCCGCCGCCCUCGCCACCCUCGCGACCCUCGUCCUCGACUUCCUCGCCACCCAGUUCUACGAGCGCAGCGAAGGACGACGAGGAGCGCUCCAUCAUAACGGCGGCGCUAGAGCCACCCGUGGACGACGACGAGGACGAGGGCUCCGCCAAGGGCGGCAACGCGGUGCACAUCGUCGGGAUGCGCGCGCACGCGGCGGCGCACGGCCACAGCCACCACCAGGGAUAUAUUAG